GGAGAAGCCACUUUAGAAGGAAAAGUACAGUUGCAGCAGAGACUAAAGAAGAAGAAGAAGAAGCAUCUAUCUGAGAGACUUGGAGAUGCCAGGAUUAUACGAGAAGUUGAUUUUGGUGUCCUCUCUGGCUGUCCUGGCCGUGGUGAGGUCGUCCCCCGUGGUGGGGCCCGAGCCUAUCCACUGUGCCCCCUGUGUGCCGGAGAAACUGAACAACUGUCCGGCCAUCCCGGCAGACUGCAGGCAGGUGCUGAAGGAGCCCGGCUGCGGCUGCUGCAUGGCCUGCGCCCUGGAUAAAGGAGCAUCCUGCGGGGUUUACACAGCCCACUGUGGCGAGGGUCUCCGCUGCAUCCCAAGGCCCGGUGAGACCAGGCCUCUCCACGCUCUGACCAGAGGACAGGGGGUCUGCGCUGAGGAUGUGGGCCAUGAAGAAGCUGAUGGAGCCACUGAUCACAGCUCCCCUCCCUACCUGCUGGGUGUCAACCAUGCCGUCGACCAGCAAGAACCCGAGGGCCAGGAGAGCAUCAAGGCCAAGCUGAAUGCCAUCCUCAACAAACUCAUACAACUGGGUCCCUGUCACAUUGAACUGCACGCAGCACUGGAGGCGAUAACCAGCUCUCAGCAGAAACUGGGAGAGAAGUUCACAACUUUCUACCUCCCCAACUGUGACAAGAGCGGCUUCUACAAGGCCAAGCAGUGUGAGUCAUCUCUGGUCGGACCUCCCGCCCGCUGCUGGUGUGUCUCUUCCUGGAACGGGAAGAAGAUCCCCGGAUCGGGCGACCUGCUCGAUGACUCAGAGUGUCACCAAGAAGUCACUCACUGAAGGAAUGGACUCGCUCAUAAGCACAAGCAAACUUGCUCUAUGGCCCUCAAAAUCUGGGAAAUGAUGUCAAAUCAACCACCUGAUGAACUGCAAUCACUCACAGGAAAAUGUAACAUUGUAUUUCUGAAGGGGGAAAAAUUUCCUCUUGCUUUUAUUUUCAUGAUGUAUGUAUGUAUGUAUGUAUCUAUCAAGACUUAUUUAUUCAGUGCUUGUAUAUUCUUCCUCGCAUCACCCGUUUUGUCAUUUUUAGAUUUUUUAUAUGUCUGCCUAUUUUUUGUGAUUGUAAAUAGGGCAACACUGUAUACAUUUGUGUUUCCGACUAAAUAACUCCACUGCUUCAAAACCACCGGUCCACAGCUCUGCCAAGCCCUCUUCAGGAUCAGCAGCUUUUUUUUUUUUUUUUUUCAAUAAUUCAUUCAAAACUGGAGCUGCGCGCGGCACGCAGCGACACAGCCGCUCAUU